CUCCACAAGACACAAAAAAUAAUCUGAACGUAUUAAACAUAUUUAAACAAAUGAGGGCAAGCUGCGAUCCACCUUCUACGUGUAUUACGGUAAAGGGGGAGCUCUUUGAUCGACCUGAUAAAUGGUGCUUUUACAUCUUAGGCCAAGAAGACCGGCCCUUGGACGUACCUGUUUAUGGGUGCGUCUUGUCUGUGUACUACGGUAAAGCGGACUCCUCCCUGAAUGGCUAGGCCAGUAGGCAUAGUUUCUGUAUGAGUUGCAAAAAGUGGUCGAGAACUACGGUACUAUAUACAUGGCUCCAGAGUAUAUUUUCCGUGAUUUUACCGUAAAGAGGUGUGUCCUCUGUGGGCCACUUGUCCUGCGAACUUUCGACUUUUUUACAUUCAUUACGGUAAAAGGGUGGGGCUUCGGUGACCCACCUAUUUUAUGGGUGCGUUUCUUCUUUGUAUUACGAUAAAUGGGGGGCGGGUCCUGUCCGAUCCACCUGUGUGCUGGCAGCGGCACGUUGCAGUUCGCAGUUCAGCCUUGGUGUGGGGACGAUCUCCAGUGACAGGUGGCGUCCGGCGGCUCGCGCAGCGGAAACUUCCCAUUUUAUCAGUCUCUCUCAACGCUGCGAUUAAAAAAAAAAAAAAGCAGAGCGUCAACUGACACGUGGCUGUUAGCGGCGAGACGGACCCAGAGCUGAGGCUCGCGGAGCUCCUCGUGGUGGUGGACUCCAUGUGACGUGUGGACUGGUGGUGGUGGCGCCUGGACUCGGCUUCCUCUUGACUGGACCAUGGAGGAGGACCGCGUCCUGCCGGACUUCAGGGACAUCGAGACCAAGUUGGGGCGCAAAGUGCCCGAGAUUCUGGUCCAGUGUCUGGCUGAAGGUGUCUUCCACAGGGCCUGGGAGGAGAAGAAGCCUGCGGUGACCCUCAGCUCUGCGGGGUCCUCUGACCUCAGGCGCCUCGAGAGCAAAAUGCUGUUUCUCAAGCAGGAGAUGGCACACCUCCGCGCCAUCGACGGCAGACUGAUGCAGCAGCUGCUGGCCAUCAACGAGGGCAUAGAAUCCAUCCGGUGGGCGAUGGAGGACAAGAGCGUGGAGGCAAGCCGCGACAGCAGCCUGGCAGGGAGCCUCUACAGCUUGUCGGAGAGUCCCGACACGUCUCCUCGGGGCAGCUGCGACAGCCUCCAGUGCGCCAGCGACGGCCUAGAUGGCAUCUCCUUGGGGAGCUACCUGGACACGCUGGCCGAGGACCUACCGGGCCACAGCUCUCCCUUGGACGCGGAGCUCCUCUCCGAGGACGUGCUGAAGGAGCACGGGCCUCGCAAGGAGCUUCGAGUCGACGUGGAUGAGUACUACUGCUUUGCUUAAUCUGCCGGUGACGACCUCGGGGUUAGAGGUCAGAGGAUCUCCAAGCUCCCUGGGCUUUCCACUGGAGGAACAUCAAACGCUGAAACCGGAGCGAGACUCCGCAUCCCUUUCAUGCCAAAUAACGAUCCCGUUGAAGAGGGACGUCGAGGGAGCGCACUGGUUCGAGUCAGCGGACCUUUGCGAUACCUCGGCGUACGAUGCGGACGUUGAACCAAGCGGACCGUUUCGGGGUUUUCGCAUUUGCUUUAACAAUCUCCUCUCGAGGGGUGCAUUUCCGAGACCGUGCAAUAUCUCCGCGUGUCCCGAAGAGGCUCAUUUCGGCGCGGAAUCGGCGUCGCGUCCGAGAGCGCGGGUCACCGUGCCGACGCUGGCCGAACGGAGCCACGCGCACCGCUAUUGCGUCGAAGACGCCGCGUCCGUGCGUCGGACCCACGGGAUUCGCGCGUGCCUUAAUUUCCCACAAAGGGAAACCAGCCACUUUGAAUAUUUUUGUCCCAGCUUCAAUAUUUCUUCACGUAGAGGAAAAUUGUGAGCGUUGGCUGCAUUUCUGUACCGCGCCCACGCUGCUCGAGCGGAAGUCAAAGCAAGAGAAGCAGCAGAUGGAUGAACAAUAACGGGGUACAGAGCCCAGCCCCCAGCGAGCUUUCAGGGACCUGCGUUUUAAGCAUUUAAUCAUUAAAUCUGAUUUUUUUUUUUUAAAAACCAGAAUGUUGCUCUGUAUCCUCCAGAGAACGAGAAGUCAUUUUUUUUUCCUACUCUAGAUAACUUUUUAAUCUUCCAAAUGGUACGAACCACAGUGCUGAGUCCUGCCACACCUUACAGAGGACAAGUUUCCAGCCUUCCGCACAUACAUCCAAAUGCCUUUUUGUCGGGUCUCGGGAGGAUAUUAAAGAGGCCCAACAUAAAGCUUCGUGAAGAAACGCAGUGGCUGAAAAUGAUGCUGAUCAAUGCUGUGCCUUUCGAAGUGUCAUCUAAUACUAGGCAAGUGAGCGGCGGGAGUUACCCAUGACCUGGUUUGUGGUCCGCUGCACUUGGACAAGCGGAGCUGGAUGGGCUUUACCUGCCGGAAUCUCUGCGGGAAAUGUGCUCUUUACCCCAUUUAUUCCACGAUGAACCAAACCAGUGGGUCACCCGUGUGGAAAUACUGCUGUCCAUCGAGAUAUACUGCACAUUUUAACAUGUUCUAUGUCCACUUAUGUUUUUGUAAACCUGACAGUCUGUGUGUCAGUGCUGCCUCUCUAAUGGAUCUUAUUUAUUGUUCGUAUUGUUAACUGUUCAAUGUUUGGAGGCUAAAAAUAGCUGUUGUGAAGAAUUAAUAAUAAUAUAUGUUGAUUUUCUAAAAUGGCGCAUGUCGUUUCUGCAUAUUAAAAA